GAGUAAAAUAGGUCUCAAUAGUCUGACCGGUCUUUUAGUACAACAGCAACUUGAGGUGGCCAUGACAACUCCCUUGUCUGGAGCAAGGUAUCUAGACCCAUCGCAUGGGAGUCAUGGGGACCAUGCAGGGCAAGAUGAGGGGCCUCUUCCCUUGCAACAGGUUGUCUGUACGUACAAGCUGGAUGCCGGAUGAGGAUAAAUCAGAUAGAUAGCUUCUGGUUGGAGAUCAACGCCGUUCAUCCAUAAACAUGAGAUUUGCGUGCCCCGCCAUCUUCAUAUUUGGUUGCUUGAGCCCACUAGGCAAAUCACAUCUUAUAAUCACGGUGGAAACCUUCAGGUCUCAGUAAUUUGGACCUACUUGCUAAGCAAGAUGUUGAAAUUUCUCUUACUUGCAGCACUGCUAUCGUGCAUUGCUAGAGUUCAUUCAAAGGCUGUAUUUGCACAUUUUAGUAAGUAUUUCUCGUUCGAUCAUGCAUACCUCAACCUCAAAUGUCUCCUACACAUUUUAUUCUCAGCUUUUGUCAAUUUUAUACAAAGGAGUGGCAUUUGUCUUCUCCUUUGAAACCAUCCGCCAUGGCCAGGUGCUGACUUUCGCGUGUUCUAGUGGUACGAUUGAACAUCCUUGAUGUUGUUAUGCUUGCUGACCUGACCUCUCUAGGUGGGCAACACCGGUUCAUACAGCACAAGUGACUGGGAAGAUGAUGUUAAUCAAGCUCAAGCGGCGCACAUAGAUGCGUUCGCUUUGAACAUAGCCUAUGGUGAUUCUACGAAUGAUGCAAGUCUUCCUGACAUCUUCUCCAUAGCUGGGAGUAAGGGGUUUAAACUCUUUUUCUCAUUCGACUAUGCUGGUAAUGGGGCAUGGCCACAAGCAGAUGUUAUUGCUUUGAUCAAUCAAUACAAAACAGAAGCUGCAUACUAUUUUUACAACGGACAGGCUUUCGUGUCAACAUUUGAGGGCGUUGGUAAUACAAAAGAUUGGCCAACCAUUAUUAGUGAUACUGGCUGCUUUUUCAUACCCUCCUGGUCAUCACUGGGAGCAAAAGUGGCUAUGGAAACUGGUGUUCCUGAUGGGUUAUUUAGCUGGGGAGCAUGGCCGGAUGGUCCCAAUGACAUGUUCACAACAACAGACUAUUCAUAUGUCGAAUAUCUAGGAGGAAAACCAUACAUGAUGCCAGCUUCUCCUUGGUUUUAUACUAAUCUUCCUGGUUAUCACAAAAACUGGUUGUGGAGGUAUGUUCAUUGUUUCCUGGCUCAGUUUGGUGCUGUAUUCUUAACUCUAAACACAAAGCUGACGUAUCUCAACAGGGGUGAUGAUAUGUGGUUUGACCGCUGGACGCACAUCUGGUACCUGGCGCCAGAAUUCGUAGAGAUAUUGACAUGGAAUGAUUAUGGGGAAAGGUUCGAGGGUUUCAGUGUGUUUGGUUGAUGUUUUGCUAACUAUAUGUUAGUCAUUACAUUGGACCGAGUCGUCCAAAUGCUUGGAACGCUUUAGGACCAAAAUUCGGCAAAGCUUCUUAUAACUAUGUGGACGGCUUUCCGCACGAUGGCUGGCGACAAUUCUUACCGUAUGUUAUUGAUAUUUACAAGAAAGGUGCUGCAACAAUCAGCCAAGAGGGUGUGGUCGUUUGGUUUCGUCCUCAACCCGCAUCAGCUUGUGCCACAGGUGGUACCACCGGCAAUACCGCAAGUCAACUGCAGAUUCAGUACAAUCCAAUAGAGAUUGUACAGGAUAAGAUAUUCUUCACCGCCCUUCUAGCCUCUUCAGCAUCUGUGUCGGUCACUGUGGGUGGUGUCGAUCAAGGUGCAUCCUGGACAUCCAUUCCAGAUGGAAACGUAGGAUUAUACCAUGGCAGUGUUUCAUACAAAGGCACGGGUCCCGUUGUCGUAACCGUCUCAAGAGAUGGUUCUCAGAUUGCACAAGUGUCGGGAGGUACCAUCACGACAGCUUGCACAAACAGUAUUGAGAACUGGAAUCCUUGGGUGGGAUCAGGUUCCGGAGCGUCAGUCUCUGUAGCGGCGCCAAUUUAUCUCUCAGACACUCUACAUUGCGUCAGAGGCACUGGUACUGGAGAUUAUGCUGAGCUUUGUGCUUUGGCAUGCACUUUUGACUAUUGUCCGACUGUUUGUACUUGUACUCAAGUGGGUACUGUCAGGACAAAUACAUUGAAAGCAACUGGUGAUAUUGGAUGCCCAGCUCCGGGAUACGAUGUAACCUAUGAAGGGUUGUGCAGCUUCGGGUGUAAUUAUGGCGUUUGUCCAAAGGCAUGUACCAAGAUUGCAGAUAUUAGCCUUUGCAAUCCACCUCCAGCAUCAGCACCGCCAAUACCCUCUUGUAUAGCUGGUACAGGUAUUGAUACGGAAUGGAAUUCAAUCUGUUCUUUCACCUGCCAAUACAACUUUUGCCCAAACGCAAAAUGUAUUUGUACAUCUACAGGCUAUACUACAAACACCUCUCCAACAUAUUCUACAACAAUUGGGUAUCCGGCUAAUCAAGAUGGGAACGAUGCUGGUCUUUGUGAAUGGGCAUGUAACCGAGGAUUCUGCCCAUUCCCUCCUUGUAGUAGUGCUAGUGCUCUAGCGGCUAUUGGAGAAGACGUAACCACCUAUCCAGAUUACACCAAAUCAAAACUUAUUGCAACCAGUUCACAGAAUAGCGUGGGACUUUUGGCUUAUUGGACAACCUGUCAGGAAUCUCCACAAUGCGCAGCAGGCUUUCAAUUGGUUGAAUAUGGCCAUGGUAAAGUAUGCAACUCAGAAUCUCAAAAGUGUUUACCCUUAUCUAAUGUUUGAAUAGGUCUAUGAUGCCGAUAAGAAUGCUUAUGUUGCGGAUGGUUGCACAGGUGGUUCGAAAGGCUACAAUCGUGCUUUCUGCGUUGAAUCUGAUGUCAAUCUUGGUCAAUGUCGCUGGCGAGGCAAAGCAACAAGCUGUAAACAAACUUGUCUCGCUGGAGAGUACCUGCUCACCCAAAAUACACACAUUGGCGGUGCGAAGGCAGGCUGUAAAAGCGGAUACUUUUCUAGCCUCUGUUGUGAACAGAUCACAGUUCCCACAUCAGAGCUGACAGCUUGCUCUCACACAAAUUUGAAUAACAUCGUCACCGGAGGACACGGACCAGUUGUCAAUGAUUUAUCCAGUUCAUUCAGUAGGCGAGGCUUAGGUGCUCUAGGCUCAUUUGGAAUUACACUUGCCGAAUGCAUUUCGAACCCACAAGGAAAUGCUGCGCAAUACUUACUCAAUCAAGCUGUGACCAACGGAGCAAUUCUCAACAACAUACCAGGUAUAUGGGAGCCACAUGUUGGAGGGCUUUCUGACUUUUCACCUUCUGAGAACAAAGCACCUUCAAGUAGCGCCAAAAAUAUCAAAGACUGUGAAGUAUGGCUUGAACCUAUCCAUGAAAUUACGACGACCGUUACAUCAACAAUAAGAAAGAACUGCGAUGAAGAUGAAUGGCCGCAAGCUUGCGCUCAUUAUUAUUCCGCUGGGAUUCGUUUCACCACCCCAAUUAUUACUUGUCCCUAUGAGACACAUGCAGGGAGUAAAAGGCCUGCUCCCGCUCGUUGGAAUUCACAGCACGAACAGAUCUGGCAGAAACGUUUCAUUGACUUCAAUCGACCUCUUUUUUGCCAGAGGGAUGAGUACCCGCCACGUGCUUUCAUGCCCCAAGGGAGUAUUUCCAAUUAUAGACAGGCAAUUCGAGUAUUGCCCCGAUCCCAAAAUGUGCGUGCUGGUCAAAUGUGGAAUAGACUUUGUGCUACUAAGCGUCAAAACGUGCAUGGUGAAGGGGGAAGUAUUGGCGGCGGGAUAUGUCAGUCAACAUUCACGACUUCUCGAUCAGUAAACGCCAUGAGCAUCGUCUUCGAUGUGCGGUAUCUUAAGCAAUAUGAUACCUGGCUUAAUGUGAAUCCGUGUUCGAUUGAUGCAAGACUUACAAGAGAUCCGGGUUUCGUACUAUUUGCCGAUGAUCCAUGGUACAGUGGUAAAACAUACAGGGCUCGUGAUUAUCACUUUUACAGCAAGCAGUUUCCAUCCUCAUUACUAAGCAACUUGAAUGGGAUAAGCAACAAGAAACGCAGCGAUGAUGGAUUUGGUUCUAAGGAGAUUGACGCUCUCGCCUUACAUGGAUAUCGUUUUGCCUUGGUUCCUUCUUCUGUAUCGGAGCUAAAUGCCGAUUUUAUUACUGGUGAAUCUCUUCUUUUUCCAAUCUAAACCCUACUCUAUACCUGAGGUUGUACUCUAUACGGGAGGUUGCUUCUCGUCAGAAUGCUCCAAACUAGACCAAUGCAAAGAACAUUUGCUUGAAGCUAAACCAUUCAUUUUUAAACUCAUACCAUAGAUGCAGCUGCUAACACUUACCAUCGCAGUGGACAUUGGCAACGCAACACGUCGCGCCACUAAAGAAGAUAUCGUCAUGAUUUUCCAAAUUCUUGGGUGGGACUUUUCUGGUCCUAUCUGCGAGGAAGAGGAAUAUAGUGACUAUUUUUGCGCGGGUGCACCGACAGUACCGGGCCAAUUUCCAACUCCAACAUCAGAGCCACCAGUUACCUCCUUAGCUAUUGUACCCGUACUGUCAUCUUCCGACUACUCUUCAUUUGCGACAAGCCAAGCCGCAACUGCCCUGAGACCAGUCAUAACAGCUGCACCCUCAUCGAAAUCGCCUGCUCAAACGGAAAGCAGCAAAGAAUCUAAGACGAGCCGAGGCGCUGAGCAUAUUGCUGCUCAUAAGCAUGCACACUUUAACCAUCAGCAUUCGCACCGUCAUCACCGCAAAUAAGGUGCAAAUGAUGAGGAUAGUGAUCGGAGGAGGCCAAUAAGCCACGAUUAGCUUCAGUGCUGAAUUCUAGUAUUUUUAUGGAUUAGAUGGAUGUAUUAUUAUAUUAAAGGCGUAAAGCAAGCGGUCGAUUGAAAGAAUAAAAUACUUUUGGAAAGCCAAUUAUCUACAAUAGACCUGUGAGUUAUAUAUAGAUGACGUCUUUUUAAGACAAUUUUCGAUAUAUGUUUCGGGGCAUUGGUCAAUAUCCUAG